AAACAACCAAGUCUGGCUUACCAGCAAACAGAAGUUGUCCGCCCAGAGCCAUUUGUCUUCAGGUACAAUCUUCCCCAGCCAGGGUGACUGGUAGAUUGCCUCUUUGGCUGAGACACUGAUGUCCGCCACGGCAGGAUUGGACAAGGCAAAAGGCACGCUGAUCCACUGAUGUUAAUUCAGAGGUGAUGGUGAUGGGGAGAGCAGCCUCCACUAAAGUAGAGAGGUACACAUUGACACACAAGUCUCAGCGCUAUAAGAGGACUCUCCAUCGGCCGGUGGGAACCAUCAUGACCCGCAGCAGGUUGAGGUGCUGCGGAGACUUCUUCCACAAAAUCCCCUCAGAGGUGUUUCACAUGAUCCUGGACAAACUGUCCGUGAAGGAGAUCAGUGUGUUCAGCAUGGUGUCAAAGGAAAUCACCAGUUGUGUCGUGGACUAUGUUAACACAUUGUCGUGGAAGAAUAAAAUGAUCAUCCGAAGCUUUCAUCAGUCCACGUGCCGUGAGCAGACAACCACUAUUGAACACUACAGAGACCUGGGUUUGUUGUUCAAGAGAUGUACCCUGUUGCUACCAACAAAGGACAGGUUAAAGUUUAUCUUCAGCAAGUUUUCACAGAUCCCCUGCUUCAUGUUAGAGCAGUGCUCAGCACCAGACUGCAUUGGCUUCUCCAGCUAUGGAGUCUUCCUUCAGACACUAAUCGCAGGUUGGGAUGAGCUUGAGUGCCACAGAGUGUUCAUUUUCCUGUGUGAUCUCACAAACCUGCAGCAAAUAACUGAGUCAGUCAUCACUGGAAAACCAGGGGCGAGGUGGUACCAGGAGCUGCAGCUCCGUCUUUUCUGCCGUCAGGUUCUUUUGGACCCCUGGCCAAAUCGUCCAGAAUGUCAGUUCUGGUUAAUGCAGCUCUUGAAGCCUUGGGCGAUGGUCAGCCAGGCACGCUUACUGUUCAUCCUGUAUGGACCCCUACUGCCUGAGGGCACCAUCGGUUGGCAGGAUCUAGUGGACAGGGGGCUUCCUCACAGUGCUCUAUGGGACCUGGCCAGAGCCAUGCUUCUGCUGUUCAGCAAAGUAGAAGUCAAAGGCUGGACCGCUGACUCGUUGCUGGCAAUCUUGGAGGAGCUCAUUGUUAUUCCUGAGCCCUGGCAUGUGGAGAAUGUGGCUCGUCUCUUGGUGCUGUGUGGCAGCAGUCUCUGCUACUCUGUUCUGGCCAGCAAGGCCCUGAACGGUCGAAUCCUUGAGAUUUCAAGACUCAUCGUCAACAUCAUACUGGUGUGUGAGAAGGACGGCUAUCACAUGAGCUGGGCGGUGAAGUUAGUGCAGCAGAUCUGUAAGGUCUUCAACACGGCUCCUGAAAAGUUCUGCUUCAUCCAGCAUCUGGAGAGCAUGUUUUCCGAGGUCACCAGGGAGUUCUUUGAGAUUAUUGUUGCAGGAAACCAUUUUGAAGACAGGGAGACUUUCCAGACUUUGUGUAUCCUCCUGGACUCCAGCGCUCGCUUCCACACUAAAUUCCUCUACAUGUUCCUCAAGUAG